AUGAGUGCUAUCCAGGCUGCAAAGAACCUGCUGGCUCUAGACCAACAGGAAGAACUAGAGGAUUUGCCAAAAGAUGACCCCUUGAGCACCAGUGAAGAGGAGGGGGCCAGUGAGGGAGAGAGAAAGCACCAAAAACUUCUGGAAGCAGUCAUUUCCCUUGAUAGAAAGAACGGGUGGAAACUGCCUGAGCGAUCUGAAGCUAGCCUGAAGGUGUCAGAGUUCAAUGUCAGUUCUGAAGGGUCAGGAGAAAAACUGGUCCUUUCCGAUCUGUUUGAGUCUAUUAAAGCACCAUCCUCACUGGCCACAGUGAAAAGGCAACUCAAUAGAGUCAAAUCAAAGAAGAUUGUAGAGUUACCCCGUAGUGAAGAGGAAGCAGAACGGAUCCACAGGGAGGUGGCGUUCAGUCAAACCUCACGAGCCCUUUCCAAAUGGGAGCCUGUUGUUCUGAAGAACCGGCGAGCGAAGCAGCUGGUUUUUCCCCUAAACCAGGAGUCGGCGGCCUUUGCCCCUCUGGAACAUGUGUUCAGUGGCUGGAAGGCAAGAACACCCCUGGAGCAGGAAAUUUUUAACCUCCUGCAUAAGAACAAGCAGCCAGUGGCAGAGCCUUUGCUUACUCCCGUGGAAAAGGCCAUUCUCGAAGCCAUGAGCCUGGAGGAGGCUAAGAUGCGCCGAAGCGAGCUUCAGAAGGCCCGCGCCCUGCAGUCUUACUAUGAGGCCAGGGCUCGAAGAGAGAGGAAAAUCAAAAGCAAGAAGUACCACAAAGUUCUGAAGAAAGAAAAGGCCAAGACAUCCCUGAAAGAGUUUGAGGCGCUGCAGAAGGUCCAUCCUAAUGCAGCAUUGGGGCUAUUGGAAAAAAUUGAAAGCACCAGAAUGAUGGAGCGAAUGAGCCUCAGGCACCAGAACACAGGGAAGUGGGCAAGGUCAAAGGCAAUUAUGGCCCAGUACCACCUGGAGACUCGCCAGGCCAAGCAGGAACAAUUGGCCAGGAACAAAGAACUGAUACAGAAACUCCGGGCAACCUCCGAGAGCGAGGAGGAGCGGGAGGGAGGGGAGCGCCUUGUCCCUGAUGCGGUGAACGAGGUACCGAUGGAUGGACACGCUCCAAACCCCUGGAUCCUUGGCAGUCUCUCUGGCGACACAAGAGAGGAGAAAACUCAGAAGCCCCCAGAACAACUUUCAGAGACUGCGGCCCCCAAGGCUUCUGAAAGCAAGGAAGCAGGAGAAUCCGUGGCAGAGGAAAUUUUGUUGAAAGAAUUUGAGGAAAGACAGUCACUUAGGAAAAUGUCUGGGCUCAGCCAGGACGCUGAGCUGGGGGGCAGUCAAGAAGCAAAAGAUUUUAGCAGCUGGGAGUUGCUGUCUAAAUUGAGGACACUCCCUCCGAAACUCAACAAGGAACACCAUCCAUCAGGGAAGCAGCAGAAGAAAAUGAAGGAACAAGUGAUUGAUCUGCAGAAACUCCUCACCGUAGACUCUUCCAGGAGGUCUCCAGCAGCUCCCACCACAGCGGAGGGGACGGGAGGUGAGGAAGACAGUCAGAAGCAGAUGAUAGAGGAAGCUUUUGCUGGGGAUGAUGUUAUCGGAGACUUCUUCAAAGAGAAGAGGGAAGCUGUGGAGGCCGGGAAGCCGAAGGACACAGACCUGACCCUGCCUGGCUGGGGCGAGUGGGGUGGCGUGUGCCCAAAGCCCAGUGCCCAGAAGCGACACAGGUUUCUCAUUAAAGCCCCUGAGGGUCCCCCAAGAAAAGACAAGGAUUUGCCAAAUGUGAUUAUAAACGAGAAUCGAAACAUCCAGGCAGCAGCCCACCGGGUACGGGUGCUUCCCUAUCCUUUCGCCUAUUGUCAGCAAUUUGAAAGGACCCUCCAGACCCCCACAGGAUGUAUGUGGAACACCCAGAGGGCCUUCCAGAGUCUGACCGCUCCCACAGUUGUCACCAAGCCAGGCCAUAUCAUAGCGCCUAUGAGAGCAGAGGAUGUGGGCUACCGGCCUUCCUCAGGGCUGGACCUCUCUGUCACACGGAGGAAUCCAAAGCCACUCCCUGUGCAGCAUAGGAACAACUGA